CUUAACAUGCUUCACAGUGUUAGAGAGGAACCCAGACACUGAGCAGCUUUCUGUGACAGAGGGGAGGAAGAAGACCUCCAGCAGAACCAGGAUCAGGGAGGCAGACGUGGUUCAGACGAUGCUUGCUGUGGUUUAACUGGAUAAAUCAAGCUGUGACUCAUCUGCACAGCUGAACUUUGACCUAUGGUGCUCAGAAGGAACUGAGACUAAAGUAAAAAUAAAACCAGUCUCAGUGACGGAAAUAAAAAUGAAAGCCAGACUUUAGAAAAACAGGAAGUCUGACCACAAAACUACCCCCCCAGUGGGGAUCCCAGCUGCGUGUCUCCACCCCUGCAUAAUCACGUGUCUGGCUCGGGGCGGCAGCAGGGCGCAGUGUUAGAGGAAGCACCUGCGCAGACUUGCCCCGUUUCUCAAUAUGCGUACUUGUGCGUACUUGCGUUCUCGUGUACUCGUGAUACGUCAUCAGUCGGAGACCAAGUACUGUUCCAAUUCGAAGUACGCAUCAAGCCGAGAACGCGAAAAAGUCCCGGAUGUGUUCUCGCUCCGCCCGUUUUAUCGAGCAUGCAUCGGUGUGGACUUGGUACAGCUAAAUAUCCCAGAAUGCAUUUCGUCCAAAACUCAACAGCGGACUCCCGGCACAUCGUUUUCAGUGUUUUAUUUGUUCCUGAGUAAACCGGUUUGGCUGUGAUUAAAGUUAAGCUUCAUAACAUGUUACUCACAGUUAAAUUAAGAGGGGACGGCAGUAGAAACUCCGGACCUGUGACAUCAUCACGUACGCAGGUGUUCCAAUUGUACAAAUCGCGAGUACGUACUCGCGUACUUGAGAAUUGAGAAACGGCCUUGGUUCUUCUGCGCUGUGACGCUGAUCAGCUGUUUCUCCGUCAAAGUGAAAGUAAAAGUUCGCUCGCGUCGCAGCUCCAGGAUCAGCUGAUCCGACAGGUUUGCUCUUCCUCCUCCGCAGGUGUCCUGGACACGGUGAGUCAGGUGCCAACAUCACGGCAGCCCGAGCCGUUAUUCCUCGCUCUUAAUAACCGCGUGGGAGGACACGCGUGGAGAGGUGAUGGAAACACAGUGGCUGUAAAAGGAAGCAGGUCGCACUGCGGCUGAUUUCGGCAUCACCAGAGUAACUCAAAGUGCACUUUUUAAAGGAUGAUUUAUUCAUUAAGGGAACAAAGUGAUCAAACCUACCUGUGUGCAAAAGUAACUGCCCCAUGAACCUGAUAACUGGUUAUUGUGUUUGAGUCGGUACAGCAGGAGAGGAAGUUCAGUAGAAUACAGUAAAAUGCAGUAGAACAUGCAUCGGUUUUGACAGCAGGCAGCUGAUGGCGCGCUCAGCAUGCCCACUGGCACCAAACAGGUUCAGACACUGAUGUCCACCUUUCUGUGGUUAUUAUCUGACCGACUCUUCCUGUUCCUUUAUUUGUGAAUGCUGCACAGAGCGAGCGUGGUGGAGGUCUCUGCUUCUUCAUUUCAUUUUAAAUACAGACGUUCAAAUAUUCCGGUAAGCUCUGGUUUCUGCUCUGACUCUCAGCAGCUGAAAAUGACGAGCCGGCGAGCUGAAGACGCCACGGCAACCAGCGAGGUGUUCCAGCUGCUGGAAAAGUACUGCAGCAAGAGGUCAAAGCAGGGGUCACCUGAGACGGCAGUGAGGACGAUUGCUGCCCGCCGUGUGAAAGGAAAUGUCCCAGUUAUCUUUCCUCAGGGUCCAGCUCCCUGUGCAAGUUUCCAGAAGUCUCUGGAGGUCGUACUUGAUGGAGAAGUUUGUUUCUCAGGUGAGUCUUCCACCUGUGAUGAGGUGCACAACAGGAUGCUCAGUACCUCAGCGCACAUGGAUGACAUCGUCCAGAGGCUGGUGGAGCUGAUCAGAGCGGAGGGAGACGACAUCGACAGGAAGAUCAAACAGAACCUGGACCUCCAGCAGCAGCUCAGAGACCUGGACUACGACAUGUUCAAGAAGCUCACCUCCAGCAUGCAGAGCCUGGUCCACCCGGCGGAGUGGGCGGCACCCUCUGAGGUUCAGAUUCAGAGGCAGAAGAUCGCUCUGGCCUUCGAAGUGACCAGCAGGCUGUCAGCCACGAGUCUGGUGCACCAGAGGAGGGUGCUGAGCUUUGGAGAGCGGUAUAUUCAGGAGAACCACUCGGCUUGGGUGGAGCAGCACGGAGGCUGGGCGGAAGCUUUCAGCAUCGACUGAGCUGCACGAACCUCAGAGGAAUCUCCAGGUGGAGGUCACCACACUGAGGUGCAGCGGGCUGGAUGACUCUACACCACGUGGUGCUCAUCUCACAGUUGAAGAAGCUCACAGUCGAGUAUUGCUUUCAAUAACGAGGAAAAGCCACAGCGUGACGGCAGCAGAGUGUCAGGAAGCUGAGGAGCACGUUGUGCCUGUGGGUCAGUCCACGCACAUGUUUACACGAUGGAGGUAACAGGACGAGACUGCAAGCUAAAAUAAAGUUUGGGGCUCAAACAUGAACCCAAAUAAUUGCCCGGAGGUGUUUCUGUGCCGUAGCCUGACUGUGACACAUCGUGAAUGUUUCAGGCUGCCGUCACAGUCCACUGAAACUAAAGGUCAACCACCUGAAUCCUUUAUUUUACCAACAAAAACAUGUCUUUAGUUUCUGUUCUUUGUUAAUGAUCCUUCAGAGGGUUGGCUUUUUACUUUUAUGUGUUUAUGAGUCACAUCUACCUCUUUAAAACCCUUUCACCUCUUUGACGAGACCAAACCGUGUGGAAGGAAACGUCCCAGUUUAAACCGUGACGCUGCAGAAGCUGAAAGGAGGCGACUCGGUAAAAGAAGGAAAAUCACUAAGUAGGAAUUAUUAGUCCGAAGAGCCAGGGAGGGAUUUUUUUCUGGGCUCAUUAGCAGGGGCGGAUCUAGAAGGGUGGCAUGGGGUGGCAAGUGCCACCCUAAAAUGAUCCGUUGUCACCCCAAGUGCCACCCCAGUUUUGCAUAUGACAGUGUUGUUUAUUAAAAUAAGAUAGCAUUAACAGUUUGAGCGUAGUUACAGUCAACAGUGAAUAUAAAUGCUAAAACUGAAUAUAUUGGAUAGUGUUCCCCCCUCCACCAUUAACAAAUGGUUCAGCCCAAAGCAGGACCGGCUUUUUUCUUGUUUUCAGUAGCAAGUAGUGGUGUGCGAUACUGCAUAUUUUGGUAUUGAUCCGAUACCAAGUAAAUUCGGGCCAGUAUCGCCGAUACCAAUACCGAUACGAUACUUUUCAAUAAAUAAGGUGGAUGCCUCAUUG